AUGGCUGAACGCUAUGUCAGGUAUUUUAAAUCACAGUUGAAGAAGAUGGAGAAGGGUGAGGGUACCUUACAGGAUAAGGUAUCGCGUAUCCUCCUUACUUACAGAUGUACGCCACACGCUACAACGACAGAGAGCCCUGCAUAUUUGCUGAUGCGUAGACAGUUAAGGACAAGGUUCUCAAGCCUGAGGCCUUCGCUUGAUAGCCAGAAGGAUGCCGAAACAUUUGAGCAGAACACAAGUUGCCUACCCAAGUUUGCAGUGGGAGAUAAAGUGUAUGUACUUAAUCUCCGUGCUGUUCCUCGUUGGUUGCCAGGGAUCGUUAUUGAAGUAUUGCAACGAUCGUACUAUGUACACGUAGAUGGACAACCAGUAUGGAAGAGGCAUGAAGAUCAACUUCGGCCCCGAUCCAUGCAGUGCAAGUCUGAAGGUAGCAUUCCUACGCCACCUACUGUUGUUCCAGUUCUUGAAAGACAUCCUGGCGUAACACCUACAGGGACAGCACCGCAACGUCUACCGGAAACACCAUCAAGGACAGAAGAAUCGACUAACGGUCCACCAGAAACAAAUCGCCGUUCUGCUGAGAGUACGUCACAGACACCUCAAGUUAACCCACACGUUGCUGCAUCUACUCCGAAAGCUACAGAACCCAAGCCAACUGUUGCUACAGCACCAACGGCUUCAGUACCGAGGCGGAAUCCUCCACGAGAACGCAAGCCACCUUCCCGUUACGGAUGGGAAUGA